AUGAAGCGUGUUGGCGAAAGUCUUGGGACAGACAACGUUUUCCGUCGUCGGGGGGCUACGGCUGAAAGGCACCACAGACAUGGAGAUGAGGAAAGCAUACAAAAGGGCGGCGAGUUGGCUCUCGUUGGAGUUGGUUCUUGUUCAGAAUACCAAGCCAAUUCAUCCAUACAAGAAACAACUCUACUCACUUGUAUACUUACAAGCCUCACCACUCAAUCCUAUCGUCGAGCUAGCAAACAACCAACCCUACUCUUUACGACCCUUGACGAAAUUUUUAUCAUCACUUCACACUAUUCUCAUUUUAUCAAAAUGACACCUAUUGUCCGCAUCGCCGCCCGCCGCCAGUUUUCCAUGCUGCAGUCACUGCGUGCCGCCGGCCGGGCCAUGGAGUCGCAUCCCUUUGAGCGCCUGCCCAAGACCCAAAAGUCUGCUCCCGCCGACUGGGCUGGCGACGUGAAGCGUUUUGGCACACAACUCGCCAUGUUUGUUCCCGGCAUUGGCCUGCUGCUUGGCUGGCCGCUCCUCGCCGCCAAGGGUCUGGAUGGUCACAUUUAA